AUGGCUGACAGCGAGGGUAGGACAGGGCAGAAGCAAUUCUCAGCGCUGACUGAAGUGCUCUUCAGCUUUCUCAUGGAGCCCAAGGAGGUAGAAAGGUUUCUGACUCAGCUCUCAGACUUCGCCACCAUGAAUAAACUCAGCUUGGGCCCCCUGAAAAACAUUGUCAAAAGUAUUCUUCUGGUACCGAGUGGUGCCCUGAAGAGGAAUUUGUCUUCUGAACAAGUCAGAGCAGAUUUUAUUGCUCUAGGCCUCAGCGAAGAGAAAGCCAGUUAUUUUGCAGAACAGUGGAAGGUGAAUUCCCCCACCCUGACACGACUGGCUGUUGAUCAGACGCUGAUGAUUAACCAGCUGAUAGAUAUGGAGUGGAAGUUUGGAGUGACUGCUGGGAGCAGUGAACUGGAAAAAGUGGGCAGUAUCUUCUUACAGCUGAAGCUGGUGAUUAAAAAAGGGAGCCAAAUGGAAAACGUGUAUGUAGAGUUAACUUUGCCCCAGUUCUACAGUUUUCUGCAUGAAAUGGAACGGGUCAAAACCAGUCUGGAAAGCUUCAGCUGA